GGCGGCUUGGCUGUAGAAGGCGGUGAGAAGCAGAGCUCUGGUGUCACAUUUUGGGCCAAUCCAAACCUGACCUCCGAAAGAUCCUCUGGGCUUCCUGCCUGCACUGCUGAGGCCACCUAGGGCAGGAUCCCUGUUGCUCCUGCAGGCGGGGUGUGCUGAGGGACACAUGGAAACCGCCGCCCACCAACCAAGGAUCAGCUGAAUCCUGGAGCUGAUGCUUGCCCACACUGCUGAGAACGGUACCGAGGCCCAGUCUGGCACCAGGACGGAGGUUAAGCUGGGACACUCCUGCACAGGGAUCCUGAUGUCUAUUCUGAGCCACACACGCAAAGCUGUGAUAACAGGCCCCAGCCAGCGCCAUGGCUUCUGCGGAGCCCCUGACGGCGCUGUCCCGCUGGUACCUGUACGCCAUCCACGGCUACUUCUGCGAGGUGAUGUUCACGGCGGCCUGGGAGUUCGUGGUGAACUUUAACUGGAAGUUCCCGGGCGUCACGAGCGUGUGGGCCCUCUUCAUCUACGGCACCUCCAUCCUCAUCGUGGAGCGCAUGUACCUGCGCCUGCGGGGCCGCUGCCCGCUCCUGCUGCGCUGCCUCAUCUACACGCUCUGGACCUACCUGUGGGAGUUCACCACCGGCUUCAUCCUGCGCCAGUUCAACGCCUGCCCCUGGGAUUACUCCCAGUUCGACUUCGACUUCAUGGGCCUCAUCACCCUGGAGUACGCCGUGCCCUGGUUCUGCGGGGCGCUCAUUGUGGAGCAGUUCGUCAUCCGCAACACCCUUCGCCUCCGCUUUGACAAGGACGCCGAGCCCGGCGGCCCCGUGGCCCUGGCCAAUGGCCAUGUCAAGACUGACUGAGUAGGGAGGUGGGUGGGGGAGGGCUGGGGGUCUCGCGCGGAAGCCAUGGACAAAGGGACCAAGCUGGCAGCGUUGCCCGUUCUAUUUAGCACAGCCCUGCCCCAGGAGGGCGCACACAGCCCCAUACCCUCCGUGGGGGGGUGGUGUUGGGGGCCCAGGUGUCGAGGCUACAGAGGGACACUGGGAAGGGUCCCUGGAUCCCCAGCGCCCGGGGCUGGCGGCAGGAGCCGUGUGGCUGGGCAAUGCCUGGACUGCAUGAUGACCUAGGAAGCGACAGGUCCUGUCCUGACUGGGGCACACUGCCCGUGGGCCGAAGGUGAGAGACCAGGUCCGCCGAGGUUUUGGGCUGCUGCUGCGGCCCCCUCCCUCCCUCUCACCCGGACUUAGCUGGGCUUUGGCUGGUUCCGUUCGGCAAUAUUCAGGUGCUUGCUUGCAACCAAUACCUCCCCGGGGGCCUGCUGAGCUGCAGCCUAAGAGAGGCCCUGCAGCCGCCCAGCUGCACGGCAGGAGUGCUGGUCUGCAGGCGCUGGGAACCUUCCCCUGGCUCUGCUCCCCUCCCCCAGGGCCCACGCUGCUCCCUUGGCCUUCUGGGGGCCCCCGUGGUGCUGGAAUUCCCACCAACCUUGGGCUUUUGGAGGUUUCAGUCCCCGUGUGUUCGGUGGUGUUUCCCCCUUUCUGCCUUUACCACUAGCAGCCCUUAUCCGUGUCGGUCACCACCCCUGCCCCAUCCCCAGCUCCCUAGCCCACAGGGCGGCAGCCGGGGCGGAGCCCUGAGACAGACCCUGCCGGCCCUCUUGCGGCCUCCGCUCCUCCCGCUGGCCUGAUGGCUGGGAGGGCCUGAGUUCGGCCUCCCCAGCUCUGGUCUGGUGGACUCUUGGCAGUGUCCCACCGCUGCAAGGACCCUGCUCAAAGCAAAUAGUGGCCCCCAGAGCACAGUUGGCCCAAGGGGCAAAUAAGUACAAUGGGGAGAGAGGCAGAGCUCUAGACCCUAUUUGCCUCUCCUGGUUUAUUUUCAAGCCAGUGGGGCAAAGUAGCUUUCUAGGGGAUGGAGGGUCGCCAGGGCUGGAGCUCCGUGGAGGAUGAGAAAGAAAAAGAGGACCAGGGAAGGCGCUUUGGAGCCUUCCUCACGGGAAGAAGGGGUCCGUUCUGGUUCUACCAUGGCCCCAGCUCUGCAGCGAAACCUCAGGGCUGCCCCUCCCCCUGCCCGUCCUGGCAAGGCUGACCCUUUGAGCUUGCGCCUCAAGUAGUGUUACCCUGCCGCACUCGUGGUCAUCUUCCUCCUAGUGGUCUCCCUUUCCCCGUGACCGGUCUGUCUGGCUCCAUCCGCCACCCUCCACAGGGAGGGACCCAGCAAAAAGUGGACCACCCUGCCGGACAUGGUCUCCUCUUGACCACACUAGGACUGAGGUAGGAAUUAGCCUUCCCUUUCUUGUAGAGCAUUAAAAAGUGACAGUACCACCUGCGGAGCAUCUCCUCUUCCUUGUUGGCUGCUACACCUGGAGUGGAUGCCAGCACCAGCCAGGUAACAGCACCAGGUGACAGAUGCGACCUGAGAGAAGAGAAAGGCUUAGACACCCAGCUUCUAGUGGCGUUUUCCUGCCGCUCCAAGCCUCGGGGAAGGAGGCUUGGCGUUUUCCCAGCCGUUUCCUGAGCCGGCUUCUCCAGUGGCAAACUCCGGUCUGUGGCGGCUCACCCUGCCUACCUUAGAUUUUGUUAAGGCCUCAGUCACAGGGCUUUGAGGACUGCGGAGUGUCAGGGGUGGAUUGCUUUCCGCCUUUAGGUGGGAGGAGUCCCUCUUCCUGCUGGGCCGUCAGCUCCUUGGUACCUUCCCGUAGCUCCAUGUUGCCAGUCGUCUGUGCCCUGACAACCCCCCCCCCCCGUCACCCACCUUCACAUCCCCCUUCUACGAAGGAACCCAGUCGCCAGCUUGCUGAGGUUGCCCAGAAGAAGACCUCCUGAGCUGUCAGCCACGGUGUGGCCUUCAGCGGCCUGCCUGGCUGCGCUCCUGCUGAUGUGGCCUGUGUGGGCAUUCCCAGGCACCGUUUCCUCUCCGGGCCCUGCAGGUCCCAAGUGCGAGAGUUCCUGGAGUGAACGUGCAUGCCUGGCAGCGUUCUGCAUUGUGGUCCUCCUUCAUCUAGGUGCCCUGUUGCCCCAGCGGCCCUUCAUAGGGCGAAGAGCCCCCAGCUCAGGGAGGCUGCGGCCUGUGACCUGACCCCAGGACCUACAGGUUCGGAUGUCACGAGAGGCAGCCAGACGUCAAACUCGUGUUUUUUGUGGUAUCUUCAGAGCCCCGAUCCCUUAGUGCCCAGGGCUCAGGUCCGGAGUAACUCCAGCCGGCCAGGCCGUGGGGCUGCUGGCAGGGAGCGUGCUGGCUGCCGCUGAGCCCCUGGCACCCUGCGCCUCUGUGCUGGCCGUGGCAGCUCUGUGAGCCGCAGAGCGCAAGUGUGCUGCCCUGCAUGGUUCAGCUGCUUGGGACGUCCGCCAGGCUUCCUGUGCCCUGUCCCCUCCUCAAUGCCACUGAGUUUCAAUGGCCCUUGCUUAUUCUUAGCAAUAAUACCUGGGGAGUGCCCACGACGCCCUUUUGCCCUGGUCCCCGCUCUACAUGGGUCUCCCGGGCAGGCCACUGCUGAGUGGGACGACUCGUGCGAGGACCUGCACUUAUGAAGCUCUGGGCUGUGCAGACACUCGCGCGGGCAGGCAGGUACAGGGGACGUCAGCCCUUGAGCUGUGACGGAGGCAGGGAGAGAGCCGUCCAUCCUGAAGCUGCCCAGACCUGGAGGCGCUGCAGGCCCCAGCUUUGAAAUGGGUGGACUGUCUUCCAAUCCGGCGGCUCUCGAGAAAGACACACGACUGGCUUGUGUGUGCAUUGCCUGCUGUGUCUCCAUUGGUCUCUGUCUCUUCCUUUUCAUAUGUGUGCACAUAAAAUAUACCGGUGUUCAUGUUCCA